AACACACACUAAUAGUCUUCUCUCUUUCAUUGAUGGCAUCGAGCUCGAUGACGCGAGGGUCUUCUUCUUCAUGGACGGCCAAUCAAAACAAGCAAUUCGAGGAGGCUUUGGUGAGGCACGACAAGGAUUGGUAUAAGAUUGCAAGAGCAUGUGGGAAAACGGUUGAGGAAGUGAGGAGGUAUUACGAUGCCUUAGAAAAGGACAUCAACAAUAUUGAAACGGAUCGAGUACCUAUACCUAACUACACAUCCAUCUCUACAAGCAGAGGAUACACCACCGACCACCGGCUUAUGAUGAAGAAUCUCAAACUGAAGUGAUAAACAUUGUUCAGUGUUAUACACAACUACAAAAGUGUGUAAGGCUUGUGACUUCAUCAACAAUGUUCCAUACAGAUAUAAUUGUAUCUUUCCUUUUUUAGAUUUCGUUUGGAACUCGCUUCACUAUUCUUAUUUUACUACAAAAAAAAAAUCGUUGUUUACUGACUCACAAAUUCGUCACUAAUUAUAAAAAAUCUGUCGGUGAAAAGUGUUUUAGGCUGAAUACUGACGGAUUACGGAAGUUGGUGAUUGAAUUGAUGCAUAAUAAUUUUACUAACGGAUUGAUAGCAGUGAAAUUGCCGACGUCCAUUGUGAUGAAUUAUCUUUCUAUAAAUCUCAUUGCCAAUUUCAGACAAUUGCGUAUCCUCCCGUAAUUAUUACGGAAUUG